CUUCCUCUCCUCUGCUUGCUGUAGCCCCCAGGCAGUUGGUGGACCCUCCUGCUGCAGCAUCUAAUCCAGAUCCACGCAGUCUGGAGAUGGCGGAGCUAAACACCACUUUGGCCCUGAAGGCAGAGCUCCAGUCACUGCAGGGGGUGGAGUUUAACUCCCGGAAGGCCAUUCAGGAGACUCUACAGAGGUCAAAAAGGGCCAAAAACCUGAUCAACACCAGAGCUACUGAAGUAGUGAACGUCUCCCCCUCUCAGCUUCUCUUCACCUCAUUGGUCAGCGUGGAUGUGCAGGACGAUCAGCUGAUCAGCCAGGUGCUGCAGGACAGGCUGCUGCUGGCCCUGCCCCCCCGCUGCCAUGGCAGCAAGGCAGCCGCUAGCCCCUCCCUCCUCCCCUUCAUGACCUCUGACCUCUUCAGACAGAAGCCCCUCUCACCAGAAGAGGAACCAGUAAACUACAAGCUCCGACCAUCAACACGACACCCUCAAUGGACUUUUGACCUCUACAGACGACAGAGACGCUGCAAGGCCACGCCCUGACAGAUACACAGGAGAGUUCUGAUUGGCUGGGGGUACUGAGGCUCUUAUUGGCCAGACUGUGUGAUGUCUUUGAAUAAUAAUAAUGUUCAUCAUCAGUUUUUAAAUUAUUAAUGUAAACUGAAAUCUGUUUUUAUUCAAUUAAAGAGCCAAAUCUAU